AUGGCUUCAACUCAACAAAUCUCAAAGAAGAGAAAGUUCAUCGCCGACGGUGUCUUCCAAGCCGAGCUCAACGAGUUCUUCACUCGAGAACUCGCUGAAGAGGGAUACUCAGGAUGUGAAGUCCGAGUCACUCACGCUCGAACUGAAAUCAUCAUCAGAGCCACUCACACUCAAGACGUUCUCGGUGAAAAGGGAAGAAGAAUUAGAGAACUCAAAGCUCUCGUUGAAAAGAGAUUCAAAUUCCCCGAAAACUCUUUGGAACUUUACGCUGAGAAAGUUCAAUUCAGAGGUCUUUCAGCUGUCGCUCAAGCUGAAUCUUUGAGAUACAAGUUACUCGGUGGUCUCGCCAUGCGAAGAGCCUGUUACGGUGUGCUCCGAUUCGUCAUGGAAUCCGGUGCCAAAGGUUGUGAAGUUGUCGUUUCCGGUAAACUCAGAGCUGCACGAGCCAAAUCAAUGAAAUUCACCGAUGGAUUCAUGGUUCACUCUGGUCAACCUGCCGCCGAUUACAUUGAUUACGCCGUUCGACACGUUUUACUCAGACAAGGUGUCCUCGGUAUCAAAGUCAAGAUCAUGAAACCUUUCGACCCAGAGGGUAGACAAGGUCCUUCAAAGAACCUUCCCGAUGUCAUCAACAUGGUUGAACCUAAAUCCGAAGGUGCUAUCGAAAUCAGAUCAGAACACAAAGAACCUCAAGUUCAAGCUAUCCCUCCUCCUGCCGCCGCUCAACAACCUCAAGAAGCUCAACCAGCUGCUGAAGGUCAAUACUAG